AUGUGUGCUCUCCUCCUCCUUGCCUCCGUUGCCGCCUUGAUUCCCGGUGCAUCCGUUAUCGGCAAAGCCGCGUCGCCGGAGGAAUGUUCGUCAACCAACAAGUCCCUGUACCUUCGCUUGUCCUCAGACGAGAAACAGAAAAAAAUUACAUUCAAGUGUGGCGGUGGCACCCCUGACCUUGUUCCUGGUGACGACACACACGCAUGCGAAGACUCGAGUUGCCACAAACGCAUCCCACUAGCUGGUAUCGCAUCCAUCUCCCGAGACGCUAGCCAGGGCCACACGCUCACGAUAGACGACCAAGCGCAAGCACAAACAAUCUACUUCAACUGCAUCUCCAAAGGCGACACACAAGGUUCAACUCUGGAUAGUCUGUCUCGAUCGGCUGGAGGUUCGCCAGAGGAAGUCUGCAAGGUGCAGGUGGCCGUGUGGGGCAAGCCAAAACCGCAGACGCCAGAAAGUGUCACGCAGUGCAACAGUGGCAAAGAGGCAGCUCCUAUCGACCUCAAGAAGGCUCCGGCGUCAGUGGUGUUUUCCUGCGGGAGCGGGAGUACUAUCAGCCCGCUCAACUUCGAGCAAGCCUUGAAGAACGAGUCCUCCGACAAGUUAAUAGAGUUGAAGGAGGUCCUUCCGACCGCAAAGCUCGUCGAGAACGGAGCAUCCGAUAAAGUUCCAAUAUACACACUAUCCUUUGAAGAAUUACCGAAACAGGACACCUCCUUCUACUACAAAUGCACCUACCAAGCGGACAGAGCAUCGCCCAGCGCUGCGGCAGCUUCCGAGUGCAAAGUGGUCGUCAAUGUUGCCGCGGCGCCGCAGCACGCGUUGCCUGGCGACGGCUCACAAACCCCGCCGACGGCAACCUCCACUUCAUACCCGAUAAGUUCGGCUAAACUGCAUCUGGAUCCGCGCGUGGCAGGAGCAUCAGCUGUCUAUAUUGCUCUCCUGGGCGGUAUUCCAACACUGUAA